AUGGCCACUGUUGCCUUCAAAUCGUAUACUUAUGUGCCAACUGCUCCGCGUUUUAAGAGCGCAAUAAGCCGUCGCAAACCUGCCUCGAAGCCAAUCAGCAUCUUCGACAAACUCCAGCGAAUGAAGCCGAGUAGUGCAGGACUUAGCACGCCGCCAUCAGCAACAGCAGCAGACGAUUGUGGGAAUGGCGGGCUUGGAAUCCGAGACGAAUACGAGCUGGAGGUGCUUGGCUCUACACUCGAUAUCGAUCCCGUUGAUAAGAGGAAGAGACAGCAGGAGGAGUUGGAGCAGAAAAAGGACGAAGCCCAGAGUGAGGACAAUGGAUUGCAGCGGGAUGUGAAUGAUCUGGCAGCAGUGGUGACGACCGAGAGAGUCGAUGAUACCCAUUCAUCCGACAAAGGUGGAAGCCCAAGGCUAGCCAAGCGACAGAAGCUUUUACCCUCCUACGAUCCCUUGCCAAAGUUAAGUCAUAAUAAGGCGAAGGGUCGCAAUGACGGUAACAGCGACGACGAGCUUAAUAAUAAUAAAACCAGUUUGGAGGAAAAUAGUAAAGAACUACGCUCUAUGAAGCGAAAACAAUUAUUCUCACUUCACGACAGCCCAAUGCAAAAAAAGCCCCCAUCGACGCUCUCCCAAGCCUCGCACCCCCUUUAA